UCAAGUUAUGUGCGCGGGCGCCGGGAAAAAUAUAAAGCUCGGGAAUAAGUUUUUUUUACAACCUUUCCAAUGUAAUUCUUAUAAGAAAUUUUCAACUAUAAUUUAAACAAGUGAUAAAAUAGAAUAUUAAUCAUGCGGGUCUCGAAUACCACCAUAAAUGUGUUCGUGGGAUGUUGCGCCAGCGCUUUUCUCAUGGAAAUUCUUAUGGCAAAUUGGCCGAACAGUGCGAAUUUAGUAACUUAUUUACAAUUUUUCUUUAUAUCCCUGCAAGGAUUUAUAGUCACUACAAAAUGGGGAACGGUAGGUCCAAAGAUACCAAUUAGCCAGUAUGUGUUACUAGUCACUCUUUUCUUCGUGACUACUGUGGCUAAUAACUAUGUAUAUGCCCUGCAUGUGCCUUCCACACUGCAUAUGAUUAUACGGUCAGCAUCAUCACCCGCUAGCAUGCUAGUCUACUGCUGUGUUAAAAAACAACUACCAAAGCUAAACAAUGCCAUUGGUUCUAUACUAAUCAGUGCUGGAGUGGCUCUGGCCAUGUAUGGCGGAGCUCCUACAGAUGAGGAGAACAAAGGCACCUUUCUUUAUUGGUGUAUAGGAGUCACCAUACUCUUGGUGACAUUGAUAACUGGUGCUUUCACUGGCUUGCAACAAGAAAGACUGUAUUCCAGAUAUGGAAAACAUCCUAAUGAGAUGCUGUUUUAUACCCAUGCAAUUCCAUUACCCGUGUUUUUCGGACUCACACCUCAAUUGCUGAGUACUGCAACAAUCCUGCCGUUCGCCGCAUGGGUACUGAUAGCUCUCAAUAUACUUUCUCAGUUCUAUUGUACACAUUCAGUGCACGAACUAGCUACCAAAGAAACUUCAGUUACAGUUACAUUCAUACUAACUCUAAGAAAGUUCGCUUCUUUAUUGAUCUCUACAAUUGUGUUCAAAAAUAAUUUGAACAUUUAUCAUGUUAUAGGAACUAUGUUAGUUGCUAUUGGGACUUGUGUAUAUUUCAACUUCUUCUCCGCUAGACGGCAAAGACCAGUAAGUAUGAAGACCGAGUAAUAUUUAUUACCUAUGUGAUUUGUGAACUGAAUUCUUAACAUUCCUGCCGAAUUUAUUAUUAUUGUAGUGAUGAAAAUGAGUCAUUGUUGUGGCUUUUAGAUCUUUUACGUUUUAGGAGAUUAUAGUGUUUGUAGAUCUCUAAAUUAUAAUUACAUG